UUUCGUCAAUGUGGAUAUUGAAGGCCAAGAAAAGUAAGCGAGUAGGUAGUCAAGUUGUCAAUACUAAAGUGUCCAUUGAUGGGUGGGUCUGGGGUUGCAUCAGCGGUGCACGUGAGAGUGGAGAUUACUCAGAUACUAACGAACUGACAUCGUUUUCGUUGGUAUAACUACAAUUCUGAAUCCUCUAGGCCUUGUUGAGGGGAAUCAAUGGCCCGUAAUAUGCUACUCAGAAUUUCAGAAAUACUCUAUGCUUGUUUAGUCUCAGUGGAAAAGGAUGGGGAAACAAUGGUCCCUAAUAUGCUAAGCAGAAUUUCUGAUGAAAUCAAUUUAUUGGUUCUUUAGUUCCUUUUAAGUUUUAGAGGUAAAGGUUCUUAUCCGUUGGGGUACCUCAGUUUGGCAAGAAAAGCCUUUCUUUUGCUUCUGAAUGCAUUUUCAAGCGGUAAACGACGCGACAGAACUUCUUCUCUCUAGACGUUCUGUGCUUGUUAUGGAACCAGCAAAUCAAGGAGAUGCGCCUGAAGACAUUACACCUCCCGACUUCUCCGUUCGGACACUAGCCCAGGAGUAUGGAGGUGGCGCAUUCUUUCUUCACGGCGAGAUGAUCAUAUUUUCUAACUACAAAGAUCAACGGUUGUACAAGCAGAUUAUUGGAGAUGACCAUCCAUUUCCGCUAACUUUGGAUUAUGGUGGACCUAUAAUGCGCUAUGCAGAUGGGGUAGUUGAUUCAUAUUUUAGUCGGUAUAUUACAGUACGAGAAGAUCAUCGGAAAAGUAGCUUAAACCCAACUACCACAAUUGUUGCAAUAGACCUGAAGAGCAGAAAAAUUGAAGACCCAAAAAUUUUAAUUAGUGGCAGUGAUUUCUAUGCAUUCCCUCGAGUAGACCCCACAGGGAGAAAAGUAGCAUGGGUUGAAUGGAAUCAUCCAAAUAUGCCCUGGGACAGAUCAGAACUUUGGGUUGGUUAUGUUUCUGAUGAUGGUGAUAUAUACAAGCGCAUUUGUGUAGCUGGCUGUGAUCUUCAUGUGAUGGAGUCCCCAACUGAACCGCUAUGGUCAACAGAAGGUGAACUCUUCUUUGUCACUGAUCGUGGGAAUGGAUACUGGAAUGUGCAUAAGUGGGUAGAAUCCAACAAUGAAGUCCAAGCAAUCUAUACAUUAGAUGCAGAGUUCACAUCUCCAUUAUGGUUAUUUGGCAUUAAAACUUUUGAUUUCAUCAGAAAAGGAAGAGGAAGCAGCUGCCUUGCUUGCACAUAUAGGCAGAAGGGAAGAUCAUAUUUUGGCCUGCUGGAUGUUGUUAAUUCCUCUUUGACUUUGGUGGAUAUCCCAUUCACAGACAUCCGAUCUAUUAUUGCAAGGGGCAGGUAUGUGUGCAUGGAAGGUGCCUCUCCUACAGUCCCAUUGUCAAUAGGCAAAGUGAUUUUGGAUGAAAAUUGCACAAGAGCAGUUGACUUUUCUACAGUGUGGUCUUCCUUUAAUUCUAGCUUGGAGUACAUGUCAUGCAUAAGCACACCAGAGAUGAUAGAGUUCCCUACUGAAAUCCCUGGUCAAAAGGCAUAUGCAUAUUUCUAUCCACCAUGCAAUAACUUAUAUGAAGCUGAUCCUGAAGAGAAGCCACCUUUGCUAAUGAAAAGUCAUGGAGGUCCAACAAGUGAGGCACGUGGAAUCCUAGACCUUAGCAUUCAAUACUGGACUAGUCGUGGAUGGGCAUUCGCAGAUGUAAACUAUGGAGGAAGCACAGGUUAUGGCAGGGAAUAUCGUGAAAGACUAUUAAGAUCUUGGGGCAUAGUUGAUGUUAGUGACUGCUGCAGUUGUGCAGAGUUUCUGGUGGAUACUGGCAGGGUAGAUAGUAAACGUCUUUGCAUAUUUGGAAGGUCUGCGGGUGGUUACACAGCGCUGGCUUGUCUUGCUUUCAAACAGAUAUUCAAGGCUGGUGCUUCUCUUUUUGGUGUUGCAGACCUGACAUUGCUCAAAGAUGAAACUCACAAAUUCGAGUCACAUUACAUAGAAACUCUUGUAGGAGACGACAAAUCCUUUAUUGAGAGGUCACCUAUCAACAAUGUUGAUAAAUUCUCAUGUCCUGUAAUACUAUUUCAGGGAUUAGAUGACAAGGUUGUACCACCAAGUCAAGCUCGUGCGAUCUACAAGGCUCUGAAGAUGAGGGGCCUACCUGUUGCUUUAGUUGAAUAUGAAGAUGAACAACAUGGAUUUCGCAAGGCGGAGAACAUCAGGUUCACCCUCGAGCAACAAAUGGUAUUCUUUGCUCGUGUGCUUGGUAAUAUGCAAGUGGUAGACGAGAUUUCGCCAAUCCACAUAGACAACUUUGAUUAGACCACUCAAACGGGUGAAAUCUCAAGAGAGGCAGCUAUUAUCAUAAUUUCCCCUGUUUGGUGGAGGAUAUGUGAAUGUCUCACUGGAAGUCAACUUGGUCAAACUGCUGCAAUGCUCCUAUAGAUGCCAACUUGUAUUUCUAGCUG